GGUGUUCCAGGCAUGUCCCCCCGGGAGGAGGCCCCGGGGAAGACCCAGGACACGCUGGAGGGACUAUGUCUCUCGGCUGGCCUGGGAACGCCUCGGUGUUCUUCCCGAGGAGCUGGCCGAGGUGUCUGGGGAAAGGGAAGUUUGGGCUUCCAUGCUUAGACUGCUGCCUCCGCGACCCGGUCCUGGAUAAGCGGAAGAAGACGAGACGAGACAAUAUAUAUAUAUAUGUAUAUGUGUCCAACAUCUGAAGAAUGUUAAUAAAAACAAAACAAUUGAACUUUUUGUGUUUAUUAAGACAUAAGUUAAAUUGUAAGCAAAAAAAAAUUUUUUUUGUAAGCAAAAAACGGACUUUAGAAAAAUAUUAUUGUGCAAAAUAAGUUGUCUUACAAAACAGUGGUCUGCGCCGGACAGUUUGUAGCCAUACAGUCUGUUAGAGCAAGCCUAACAGCUUGAACACGGAACUGGCUGUGUUGCCAGAUUGGGGGUUUUAAGUGCAUUUUAGCGGAUUUGAACAUGUUUUGGGCUGGAAAACGUCAGCAGUAUCUGGCAACACUAUAGCUCUUCUUCAUGACGACAACCGGAAGUGUACCAACACGAUGGGGCGUGUAGCGCCACGUGUGGCUCGGGUGCACAAUGCACCUUGCACAAUAGCCCGAUUUCACUUGUGCAUGUAGGAUUGGAUUUCUCUGGCACCCCUGCUGGGACCCUUUGCUCGAUUACCAACAGCAGCUCGAUUUGGACGUGCAUGUAAACGUAGUCAGUGUAUCUCAACUAAUCGUGUGAAAUGUUUUAAAAAUACCCAAAAGCAUAUGGCAUAUCGUUCUGUCUCAUCCAAAUAUAACAUUCAGACCCUCCAGGAUUUCGCGAUUUGCAACAUCAACGCAAAUUCAACCAAUCCCCGUGAAUUCAGGGUGGUGUUGCAAUUCUAUCCAAUCUUAUUUUUUUCGCGGUCCAAAUCCUGCGCUCUGAUUGGCUGGCCAGCGGGUCCGUAUCCUAUGUUACGGACCCCAGUUACGGACCUCUGGCGACUCACUUCUUCACAACAACAAAAAACAUAGUAGCAUUUUUUUUGUCCACAUUUCUCUUUUUUUAUGAUUUAUUUAUAAGAUUAUUAAAAAUCUUAAUUUUUGGCAGCAUUUCUCAGGAGAACAGCAUUAAUUUUACAGCAUGGAUAGCGAUAACGACAGUGUUCACAGUGAAAGCAAGUUUUACUGCCCUGAGGAAGAAGAAAUAAAAGAAAACAUUUCAGGAGAAAGCUAAAAACCUCUAACUUGCUAACGCCGAACAAAAACAUGGCUGAAUCCUGAAUGACUCCUAUUUGUAUAAAUGGGGGACUACAUAGGCGGCAAAAUGUAGUUUUUUUUUUUUUCCUGCCAUGGAAGUGCACUUGUAUACUGAGGAGGAAGCCAUUUGCAUUACAGCCGUGAAUGAGGAUUCAAAAUGGCGGCUCGCCUCGGCACGGUUUCCCCUUUCGGGCGCUCUCGUUUUCUGUUAGAAUUUGGUACAGAAAAAAAUAAAUAUAUUAUUUACCAGCUUAAGGUCGGUCCGUGUGGUGAAAUACCGUGACCUCGGCCCUGAAUACUGACCUCUGCCCAGAGGGCCUCGCUCAGUACUUUUAAGACCUUGGUCACAGUAUUUCAUGAUACGGACCUCCCAGCUGGGAAAUAACAUAUAUAUCUGAAAUAUGGAGUGAGUAGAUAUGAGAAGAAUACCUGAACACAAAUUUAUCCUCCGAAUGAAAAGUUCUCAGUCACCACUUUAAACAUUCAGAUUCUGUUCACUGUCAGUAAAAUGAUGUUCUUAUAAAAUAAUAAAGCAGUUAAACAGUAAAGAGUAGGUAUGAGACGAUACACUAAAGCCACGAUACGAGUCGUAUCCCAAAACAGGCUUCACAGGACCAGACUGAUGAGAUGGAGAAAGAUUAUUUGAAAGUAAAUUUCCUUUACAGAGGGAACCCACGGUGAAAAAUAAACAGAGGAGAGAUAUAUUACAUAUUUUGCAUGAAUGCAUUUUGACUGCGCUGUACUGUCACACUGUGUUGCAUAAAUCAGUGCUUUAAAAUUCUUUUUUUAUUCACGCUCACUUACGGGCGCAACCAUAUUUCCAUUUUGUGGGCGGUGUCAGAGGUCAACAUGACGUAGAAUCAUCGAUAGGUUUCCUGUAUCUUGAUUGGCUCGCUGCUCCCGACACCGCGAUGUCGCCGGAUGAACAAAACCUUGUUGAAAAAUAGCAGGGUGCAAAACCUGUGGUCGCAAAAAUAAUCACCGUGAUAAUACGGGAAAGUGUUUUUUCUGUGUUCCAUUGCUGAUAACCGAGCGACGUAAACGACUUGCUAAACAGUGGCUACACAACUUGGGAACAGGUCACACUUUAGAAACUCUCCUUUGGCAGAAAUUCUGUUUGUGAGGACGAUCUUGAGUCCGAUUGCUUUGAAAGGAAUCUCCAGGCCGAGCUCUUGGGCUCCGCAGGUCACGUUCGACUCAAACUCGAUGCUGUGCCAACAAUAUUCCAACACCGUCUACGGAAAAGGGAUUCAGGCCGUGCAAGCCGAUGAGCUGGAAUAGUACAGACGUUCAAAGAGAAUGUAUAUAUUUUGGCACUGCCUAAAAGCAGAGCUCCAGAUGAGUGUAAAAUGUGUUAGUAAAUAAUCCCACGUGAUUUUUAUUUUUCAAGCAAAUUAAAAACCCAUCUAUCUUCUGUAAAUAAAGAGACAAAUUGAAUUGUGCGGUGCUCCACGCUUCACCUGCUAUAAACUCUCACUCAGCUUCGAGCUGUCACAAGCCGAUAUUUAGACCAUAUACACUAUUGUGGCACACUGCAUGUCUAUAUCUGCAUUAACACGUGCAAUAAAUAAAUAAAUGGGCUCGUCCAUACCGCUGUCCAUACUGACUUGAAGAUAACUCUUUUUCAUCUGACUAAAUCCAGGCUCACAAGUAUGUUUACAUCGCCUGCACUUAACUUCCGCUACCUGGCCAUCAGCGACUUGACGUUAUAUUGGUUGCCCAUGUGCAAUAAAACUUGACGUGUUUUGGACCUUUAAGCGCUUAAAGCUACUUAUGAUGGCUAAUCAGGUGGCUGCACUUGUGUGUGUGUUUUAUUAUAAUUUGAGCUUGUACUAUCGAUAUCAAUCAUGUUUAAAUGCUGUACCGGUCCCCUUUAAUGUAGAAAGAUUGUUUGAUGGCAAAUUGUGCUUUAAAUGAUUAAAAUCCCAAAUUAGUGUCGUCACAUAUGCUACUCCCUCUGCUGCUGCUGCCGAGUGUGUAAGAAGAGGUGGAGGUCAAGUUCAAGUUCAAGUUCAAGUGUACUUUAUUGUCAAAAAUCUAUGUAACAGGGUUAGCACAGAAGUUUGAAAUUGCGUUUGACCAGUCUCCAAUGUGCAAGUUUAACUAAGCAUACAUAUACUAUUGAUAAAAAUCACCCACCCACACACACACACACACACACACACACACUGCAGUAAAACACACACACUGCAGUGAAAACACACACACACACACUGUGCAAUAAUAAGACAUACUGAUGGACAAUAAAUACACACACACACACACACUGCAGUAAAACACACACACACACUGUGCAAUAAUAAGACAUACUGAUGGACAAUAAAUACACACACACACACACACACACACUGCAGUAAAACACACACACACUGCAGUGAAAACACACACACACACUGCAAUAAUAAGACAUACUGAUGGACAAUAAAUACACACACACACACACACACACACACACACACUGCAGUGAAAACACACACACACUGUGCAAUAAUAAGACAUACUGAUGGACAAUAAAUACACACACACACACACACACUGCAGUGAAAACACACACACACACACUGUGCAAUAAUAAGACAUACUGAUGGACAAUAAAUACACACACACACACACACUGCAGUGAAAACACACACACACUGUGCAAUAAUAAGACAUACUGAUGGACAAUAAAUACACACACACACACACACACACACUGCAGUGAAAACACACACACACACACUGUGUACUGAUGGACAAUAAAUACACACACACACACACACUGCAGUGAAAACACACACACACUGUGCAAUAAUAAGACAUACUGAUGGACAAUAAAUACACACACACACACACACACACACUGCAGUGAAAACACACACACACACUGUGCAAUAAUAAGACAUACUGAUGGACAAUAAAUACACACACACACACAGACACACACACACACACACACACAGCAGCAGCAGCAGAGAGUACAAUCAGUCGUCGUAUAGGUAGAGUCCUGCAGUAUAGAUGCAGUAUAUAAGGUGCGAAGGGUAAGGUGCAAGGGCAUGGUGAAUAAAUGUUCAUGGAAUGUUCUUGGUAUCUUUGGAAUGUUCAUGUAGUUUUCCUCAGUGAGUUAAGGAGUCUGACAGCUUGUGGAAAGAAGCUGUUUCCCAGUCUGCUUGUGCGGCACCGCACGCUGCGGUAGCGCUUCCCUGACUGCAGUAAGGAGAACGGUUUAUGUGCUGGGUGAGUGGGGUCUUUGAUAAUGUUCAUCGCUCUCUUGGAACAGUGUGAAGUGUACAGGUCCUGAAUGGCUGGUAAGGGUGACCUGAUAAUCUUUUCUGCUGUCCUCACCACCCUCUGCAGCGCCUUCUUGUCUGCAGCUAGACAGCUGCCAUGCCAGACAGAGACGCUGCUGGUCAGGAUGCUCUCAGUGGCACCCCUGUAGAAUGUGGUGAGUGCAGAUGUGGGGAGGUCGGCUCUUCUCAUCCUCCGCAGGAAGUGGAGUCGUGUCUGCGCCUUCUUGACCAGGGCGGUGGUGUUGGUAGUCCAUGAGAGGUCAUCUGUGAUGUGCACUCCUAGAAACUUUGUGCUUUUCACAGACUCCACUGCACUGCCAUUGAUGAUCAGUGGGAUGUGUGUUGGUUGUUUUUUCCUGAAGUCCACAGUAAUUUCUUUUGUUUUGUUGACGUUGAGACGCAGAUUGUUCCUCUCACACCAGUUGAUGAGUAGCUGUACCUCCUCUCUGUAUGCUGAGUCAUCGUUGUCUUUGAUGAGGCCCAUCAAAGACAACAUAAUGAAUAUUGAACAGAAAUAUGGUGAAAUACGAUAUGAUACAAAUUCAUCUCGCCAGUAUUUUGUGUCGGAAUUCUGCGUAAGAAAAACUGUCUCAUGUCCACUCUAUAAUGCUGUACAGUAAAGUCCAGAUGAAGAGAUCAGACUCACCAGAACCCAGCUGUGUCUCCAUGAAGAGCGAUGCGUCUAUGGAGCUUCCCCGGACCUUUAAAACUGGAAACCCGUCACCUGGACACAGUGUUUUACAGAAGGCAGGAGACAGAAGAGAAAAGAUCUUCAUCACAGAUACAGGACACGCCCCAGAAUCUCCUGCUGUAAAUGAAUUCCAGAAAAAGUUCAGAUUAAAUCUGAUGAAGAAGUUUCAGUGUUUAAAUGGAGUGAUGAUAAAGCCGGAAACGCGAGCGCUCCUGAAUGAGAUCUACACCGAGCUCUACAUCACAGAGGGAGACAGUGGAGACGUCAAUAAAGAACAUGAGGUGAGACGGCUCGAGGCAGCAUCCAGGAGAAAAACAACAGAGGAAACACCGAUCAAAUGCAGCGACAUCUUUAAGCCCUUAUCUGAAAAAGCCCAACCCAUCAGAACUGUAGUGACAAAGGGCGUGGCUGGUAUCGGAAAAACAGUCUCUGUGCAGAAGUUCAUUGUGGACUGGGCUGAAGGGAAAGCAAAUCAGGACGUCCCCCUCAUAUUUCCACUUCCUUUCAGAGAGCUGAAUCUGAUGAAGGACCAAAACCUGAGUCUGAUGGAGCUCCUUCAUGUCUGCUUUAAGGAAACCAGAGAAACAGAAAUGUCCAGGUUGGAAAAGGUUCUGUUCAUUUUUGAUGGAUUGGACGAGUGUCGUUUCCCUCUGGAUUUCCGGAACACAGUGAGAGUGUGUGAUGUAACUGAAUCAGCAUCAGUGCGUGUGCUGCUGAUAAACCUGAUCAAAGGGAAUCUGCUUCCCUCUGCUCUCGUCUGGAUCACCUCCCGACCAGCAGCAGCUGAUCAAAUCCCCUCUGAGUACGUCCAUCGAGUCACAGAGGUACGAGGGUUCAAUGACCCCCAGAAGGAGGAGUACUUCAGGAAGAGGGUCAGUGAUCAGAACCUGGCCGAGAACAUCAUCACACACCUGAAGUCAUUAAGAAGCCUGUACAUCAUGUGUCACAUCCCAGUCUUCUGCUGGAUUUCAGCCGCUGUCCUCGAGAGAAUGUUGGGUGAAGCAGAGAGUGGAGAGAUCCCCAAGACUCUGACUCAAAUGUACACACACUUCCUCAUCAUUCAGACAAACGUCAUCAGAGAAAAAUACUCAAAGAAGCAGGAGAGUGAUGAAGAAAUGCUGCUCAAACUGGGACAACUGGCUUUUGAGCAGCUGGAGAAAGGCAACCUGAUCUUCUAUGAGGAAGACCUGCGAGGGUGUGGCAUUGAUGUGACAGAAGCAGCAGUGUACUCAGGUGUGUGUACGCAGAUCUUCAGAGAGGAGCCUGGGCUUCACCAGAGUAAAGUGUACUGCUUUGUUCAUCUGAGCAUUCAGGAGCAUCUCGCAGCUCUGUAUGUGCAUCUGACCUUCAUGAAGGAAAAGAGAAAUGUUCUUGAUCAGAGUCGGUCCAAGACAAUUUCAGAUGUACAUGAGUGUGCUGUAGAUCAGACGUUAAAAUCUGAGACUGGACAUCUGGAUCUGUUCCUCCGCUUUCUUCUGGGUCUCUCACUGGAGUCCAAUCAGAAAGUCUUACAUGCCUUAGUAACACAGACAGGAAGUAGCUCCCAGAGCAAAGAGGAAACAGUUCAGUACAUUAAGGAGAAGAUCAGUAGAGAUGAGCUUCCUGCAGAAAAAUCCAUCAAUCUGUUCCACUGUCUGAAUGAACUGGGUGAUGAUUCUCUCGUGGAGGAAAUCCAACGCUACCUGAAAUCUGGGAAACGAAGUGAACUCUCUCCUUCACAGUGGUCUGCUCUGGUGUUUGUGUUACUGACUUCAGCACAGGAGCUGGAGGAGUUUGAUCUGAGUAAAUAUAUCAGUCCAGAGAAGAUAACAGGUCGGGUUCUUGUGAAGGUGAUGCCUGUGAUUGCAGCGUCCAGAAAAGCCGUUAUCAGUUGUGAUGGAAUUGAAGGGAUCAGCGCUAAAGCUCUGGUCUCAGCGCUCAACUCAGAAACCUCCAAUCUGAGAGAACUGCAUCUGACUGUGAGGACACUGGAUCUGUUUGGGAAUAAACUAGGAGACUCAGGAGUGAAGCGUCUCUGCGCUGGACUGGAGAAUCCUCACUGUAAAGUGGAGAGACUGGGGUUGAAGCAGUGUGGUGUCUCAGAUGAAGGCUGUGCUGCUCUGAGUUCAGCUCUGAGAUCAAACCCCUCACACCUGAGACACCUGAAUCUGUCCUAUAAUAAUCUGGGAGACUCAGGAGUGAAGCGUCUCUGUGCUGGACUGGAGAAUCCUCACUGUAAACUGGAGAGACUGAGGUUGGUGCGGUGUGGUGUCUCAGAUGAAGGCUGUGCUGCUCUGAGUUCAGCUCUGAGAUCAAACCCCUCACACCUGAGAGACCUGAAUCUGACCUGGAAUAAUCUGGGAGACUCAGGAGUGAAGCGUCUCUCUGCUGUACUGGAUAAUCCUCACUGUAAACUGGAGAUACUGAGGUUGCGGCGGUGUGGUGUCUCAGAUGAAGGCUGUGCUGCUCUGAGUUCAGCUCUGAGAUCAAACCCCUCACACCUGAGAGAACUGAAUCUGUCCUGGAAUAAUCUGGGAGACUCAGGAGUGAAGCGUCUCUGUGCUGGACUGGAGAAUCCUCACUGUAAACUGGAGACACUGGGGUUGCGGCGGUGUGGUGUCUCAGAUGAAGGCUGUGCUGCUCUGAGUUCAGCUCUGAGAUCAAACCCCUCACACCUGAGAGACCUGGAUCUGACCCGUAAUAAUCUGGGAGACUCAGGAGUGAAGCGUCUCUGUGCUGGACUGGAGAAUCCUCACUGUAAACUGGAGACACUGGGGUUGUAUAAUUGUGGUGUCUCAGAUGAAGGCUGUGCUGCUCUCGCUUCAGCUCUGAGAUCAAACCCCUCACACCUGAGAGAACUGGAUCUGUUUGGGAAUGAAAUCGGAGACUCAGGAGAGAAUCUGCUCUUAAGGAUGAUGAACAUUACAAACUCCAGACACUGAUGCACUGUUGCGUCAUGUCCUUCAAAGACUGCUUACACGCCUGGAACAUGUCCUGCAACAGCCACACCUGGACAUGGACUUCAUGCAGUUUGUAUGUUGUCAGGAGAGAGUUUUUCUCAGUGCCAUAGCAGGUCAAGUCACUAUUCCAGCAGAGGUAAUUGCAGGAAUAGAUGAACUGGACCGUGCGAUCAACACUGAGAUUGAUCAAGAAAAAGUAACAGCAUUGAGUAUGGAGCAAGGUGCAAGAGGGCGCCCAAAGACACUCAUUUCUGACGAGCAAAUAAGCAGCCUGUUGGAGUUGUCGUUCCCUGUACCGACAAUUGCUGAUUUACUUGGGGUGUCCAUCAGAACAGUGCGUCGGCGGAUGGAGGAGUUCAACCUUAGUGUUAGGGCCUCCUACAGCCAGGGCCGUAACCAGGAUUUUUCAAAUCCCGAGGUCAAACAUCGCGAUACAUCUUAUUUGCCAAAAAAAAAAAAGUCCUAAUAUGGUGACUUUUCAUACAUUUUGGAAACGAGUCAAAAUCACAAGCCCAACAAGAUGAACAUGUAGGUGAACAUGUUUAUUUUAACAAUUUCAAAACUGCACGAUCACAAAAGUAUUGUGUGUGUGUGUGUGUGUGUGUGCGUGAGUGAGUGUGGGUGAGUGAGUGAGAGUUUGAGUGAGUGAUGGAGUGUGAGAGUGAGUGAGAAUGAGAGUGAGUGAGUGAGUGUGAGUGAGUGAGAAUGAGAGUGUGAGUGUGGGUGUGAGUGAGAGUUUGAGUGAGUGAUGGAGUGAGAGUGAGAGUGUGAAUGAGUGAGAAUGAGAGUGUGAGUGAGUGAGUUAGUGUGAGUGAGAAUGAGUGAGUGAGUGAGUGAGAGAGUGUGAGUGAGUGAGAGAGAAUGAGUGAGUGAGUGAGAGAGUGUGAGUGAAUGAGUGAGUGAGAGUGACAACGCAAUCUAGCCGAGCCUGAAUGGACUUCAGCUGCUUUUUAAAAAAUAUAUGCCUUUUCAAUAGCAAAAUACUAGACGGUUAUUGGACAAAACCGACUAAAACGCUACAUUCGGAGACUGAGCCUCACUGGAGAUGGGAGUCAAUAAGAGGGGCGGGGCAAGACUUCCCGAGAGGAGGCUCAUCUCCAGCUGCUGAUCGGAGGAGGAGCUGUGAACGCGGCUGGGCUCUUCAUGAUUGACAGAAAGCAGUCAGAGGCGGUACAUCAUGUUGUAAAUAAAAUGUGAACAUAACAA